AUGUUUAUGCCUGCAGUGGUUGGAGUUUUGGACUUGCUACUGGUGGCCUUGUUGUGGGGGCAAGAGCACCGUGAAUGGAUAGCUUUUGGAAACUCAUUGUACAAUGUUAACUACUUCAAAUUGGGUUUGUCUGAGAGGUAUAUGAUGCUUGUGGCACAAGGAGAAGCCUGCUAUGAAUUGGAAACAAUAACUAUUCCAGCUUUGCCAUGGUAG